UAACACCUCCACCUGCACACCUUCAUCUUUAACAUUCACUCAAUCUCACUGUCCUUGUCGCCUUCACACUUUCCUGUCGCUCUGCAUGCCUCCUCUUCUCUGACUCGCGACAGUUUGUCUGAUCUGAUCUCUAGUCCCAGCCCUAACACAUUCUAGCUGGCACACUCCUCCGGCUCCAGCUCCGCCUUUUCCCCAAUCUCGAUCUUUUCCCAACACUUCUUCCUUCUGCUACAGAUCACACUCGCUGUCGCUUUCAGCCCCUCCACGUCGCAUUGAGACGACAUCUGCCUGCUAUUAGCCGUCCACAAACGCCUUGCUCUCCCAUCUCCACCGAUCCUUUCCUUUUGACCUGUCAUUCAACAAUAUACCUGUGAGUCGAGGACCACGCGGACUCGGUCACUCUUGUUUCCGCGACCAGGUGCAAUACCUUUCAUAACUUUUUGAGAAGCCAAUCUCAACAUUUCUACUUGGAUAUAAGGCACUGCGGCUGCUCUAGGCAGUCUAGGAGUGGUGGGCGGACAAGAUCGGAGUUGAAUGUUGGCGACCCAAAGAAUGUCGUCCCAUGGCGGACAGCAGAACUUCCCCUUCGGAUAUCAACAAGAAAACAUCCAGGGUCUCGGUCUCCCCGAGUUCAUGAACCCAGGCCCUCCCCCUGGCCAACCUUUGCUCAACGCCGAUGACUUCCAAAAUCUAGACAAUUUUUUUCACGACUUCGACAGCAAUGCUCUUGCAGCAAGCAAGCAGAAUGAUCAUCCCCAAUAUGGCCUACAUCCUGACCAGCAGAACUACUUCAACAACAUGCCUCCCAUGUUCGUUGGAUCCGAGACAGCCCUCGGCCAACGCCCUUCACUCACACCAAAUCACCUACAGACUCCUACCUUCCCUUAUGGAGACGUCAUGAUGGGACACGGUCUGCCAGUGCUCAACCAUAACAAUGCCAUCAACCAUGGUCUUCAGGGCAACUCUUAUCCUGCGUUCACUACUCAUGUUCUACCACAAUAUCACAACACCGCCUCUGUUAUCCAGUCUCACAACCAGCCCUGGGCACCAGAUUACCCCAACCCAAACAUGAUGAACUUACAGUAUCCGCCCCGACCACCUGUUGUCAAUUUCGGAACCGAUAAUCGUUUUCAAGCUUCUGGUUACGUGGCUCCAAAUGCCCCCGCAGAUCCUGAUAUGAUCAAUCCCUUUCAUCCCAUGGAAAUCCUUGAACCUGCUAGUGGUUCCACCACACAGCCUAAUACCCAACCAAACACACAGCCUUCGAGUCCGACAUGGUCCAAGAAGAGAACAUUUGAUGACUUCCAUCAGGACCAGCGCCAGAAUAAUGGAUUUCUUCCCCCCACCAAGGCUCAGCUUGCCAGUCCGGCAACGUCCUCACCACCCAAAUCCGCUUCACGUCCCGCGCGAGGCCUCCUAGUCAAGUCCGAAAGCAAGAGACCGUCCAAACCUCCAACCCCGUCAGCCGCUAGCAAGUCACGCCCGACAUUGGAUACAGAGCAGGACGCAGAGGCUGAAGAUGACGAUGACGAUGCCACCGCCGAUCAGGAUCGUUCUCCAUCUCCAACCUCCUGGCCGUCUGGCGCUCGUCCUCCGCGAGUCACUAAGCCUCCACCUCAGCCCGCAAAAUCCACCCGGAGGAAGAAGUCCCUUGGCACAUCGACGCCCAUCAGACCCAAGGCUAAAGCCCAACGAACUUCGAGCGUUUCACAGUCAGCUCAAGCAACCAGGACACCUCUCAGCUUGGAGCAAAAGAAAGCUAAUCAUACGAGCUCGGAGCAACGCCGACGAGACGCAACUGCCCGUGCAUAUGCGGAACUCUACGACCUGGUCCCCGAAUUGGAGGAACUGGGAAAACAAAGUACAAUGAAGAAACUUGAAGUUGUCGUUGACAAGGUCAGACGUGUCAAGCAACAGGUCGAGGAGUUGAGUGUCCGACUGGGAAUUGACCCUUCUGCUCGUGGACAGCUUGCUACGUCAGUUAAUGACGACUUGAUGCACAACGGCGUCACCAAUUGGAGCUGAUGAAGCUUUUUGCAUGUCAGACAGUUUGGACAACCCCAAUGCAACGACUGGAGCAUGCUGUAAUGGACAAGCUCCCACCCUCAAGGAAAUGACCCAACAUGAACUUGGACGAAAUGAAACCCUCUUGGUCCCAUAAUUUGGAUCUUGAAUUAUGAUUUCAGCCACGAUGCAAAUGGAUAUGGAAAUGGGACAUGGCGGCUUUUUCAACUGGCUUUUUGAUUUUUGCGAGAUACCCCAUUUUUUGAGUGUACUGCGCUUGAGUGUACUGCGCGGACAUACACAUACAACAUUUUGCGCGAGAAAUACUCUUCUUUUUUUCGCGAAAGAAUUGCACAUGCACACGCAGACGGCUUCGUUAUGAAGUCUGUCCAUGCGGUGAAUUCGACACCUCCUCCUACAUCUUCUCCUCCACACUCGUCGUUGUUGUCAGAAGUCAGCCAUAUGGCACUUUUGGGAAUCAUUACCUGCCUGCAUGGGUGCUUGGAUGAUUGGCUGCCACGGAACGAGACAAGACGGGCAAUUUUUCAGCACAUCGUUGGCUCGAUGCACACGCGAGAAGGAGUGAGAGAGAAAGAGAGAGAUGAAGAAGGCACUGAAAGUGUGUUGAAAAAUCAUAAUGGUUCGCCUUUGACGCGAUGAACAUUAAUGGUAGAUACGUAGGUACGCGAGACUACAACUACUACAAACAAACAAGUAAGAAGAUGAAGGGAUGUGUCCUUGUCCUUUGGACAACCAGC